AUUUAUUUAAAAUAAUGGAGGCUUUAUCAAUUUUGCAUUCCAGUAAGGUCUUGCCAGAAUAUCCAACUUACGAGAUUAGGCAGGCAACAAAAGAUAUUAAUGAUCUACAUGACUCAAUGGAGAGGAAAUUAAAAGAGAUCCCUGACGAUGAUGCUACUGCAAAGCCAGAAAUCUCAGCAUCAGCUCUCAUUGAUCAUUACAAGCUUGAGAGAAGCAAGAGAGUUCUAUAUGCUUACCAUGAUGAGAGAUGCAACCGACUUGAGAGGUACUUCUGGAGGCAUGGCAAUGAACUUAGUGAAUCCUUCCAGACUAAUGCUUCGAAACAAGAGACCGAUUACUUUAAGAACUAUAUAAAUUUGAUUGAGGAGUACUCUCAAAAUGCGGUAGAAUGUAACCUUGAUAUCACUACUACCAUGGAACCACCAAGAGAACUCCUUGCUAAGCUAAGAGUUAUAGAAGAUAUAGGCGAGGUUUACCUCCCAGAUGUGGGUUCAGUGAAUUUGGAGAAGAAUUCAGUGCAUUACCUCAAGAAAGCAGAUGUUGAGCAGUUUAUUAAGGCAGGCAAAUUGAUUGAAAUGGGAAGUUAAAAAUCAAUUUUUAGUCUUAAAACUGGGGUUUUGGG